CCUAGUCACAUCUCAAGUCAACGUAGUCACAUCGAAGCCUUGCUAUUUGUUCGCCUCCGUGAUACCGUCAGAAUAACGUUUUGAUGUUUUGAUACCGACCCACAUAUAAAACGGCCCAACUGGAAGGAUGUAAUCAGGAAGAUGGUUCCCUCCAGGUUGCUUUCAUCUCUCCUUGCCCUGCCAGUGCUUGCCUUUUUCUCGCUGUCAGCGAGCGCUUUGCCUCGUCCUCGGACAGCGUCAAGCACAGCUGCUCUCAAGCUCGCCGUCAGAAUAAACUCGUACGGGAUCAAGAACAUCGCAGCUGCAGAUCGAGCUCGAAUACAAGUCCUACAAGCUGGCGGCAGCGCUUCCGUCAAUGCAACCAAUACUGUGACAACAUACACAGCUAGCAUUGGCGUAGGGAGUCCAGCAACGUACUACACACUUCUAGUAGACACCGGAAGCUCGAAUACCUGGAUUGGGGGCAACAAGGCUUACACGCAGACUACCGCGAGCCGGGAUACGCUCAAUAAAUUCAAAGUUCCAUACGCCGAUGGGAGUUCUGUUUCUGGGGAAGAAUACACAGAUACCGUAACGCUCAACUCUGAUCUGGUCAUCGAGAACCAAUCUAUCGGCGUCGCAUCUAAAACCUCAGGGAUGGGUGGUCUGGAUGGAAUUUUUGGCCUUGGACCGGCUGAUUUAACGCAGGGCAUCGUCGAUGAUGCAUAUGAAGUCGCAACUGUGAUGGACAACCUCUAUACGCAGAAACAAAUUAGCUCGGAAGUACUCGGAGUGUUCUUCGCACCUGCUUCCUCUGAUGAUAGCAGUGGAGAACUCACAUUCGGGAGUUAUGACGCCUCAAAAAUUACUGGAAGCAUCAACUAUGUGCCCAUCACAUCGGCAUAUCCAGCGAAUACAUUUUGGGGCAUUAAUCAAUCCAUCAGAUAUGGGUCUACGCCCAUUUUGGAUGAGACAGCUGGUAUCGUCGAUACCGGAACCACACUGAUUCUCAUUGCGUCCGAUGCUUUCAAUUUAUAUCAGUCUGCGACGGGGGCAACUCUUGAUAAGACCACUGGCUUGUUACAGAUCUCCCCCGACCAGUACGAGCAGCUCUCAUCUUUGUAUUUCACUAUUGGUGGAAUUACAUAUGAGCUCACCCCGAAUGGGCAAAUUUGGCCUCGAUCGUUGAACAGCGCCAUUGGCGGUACCACCGACAACAUAUAUCUGGUGGUCAGUGACAGUGGAGACAGCAGCGGUUCUGGCUUGGAUUUUACGAACGGCUACUGUUUCCUCGAACGGUUCUACUCGGUGUACGACACGACAAAUUCCUAGAGUCGGGUUCGCCACCACUGAGUAUACGUAUGCCACGACAAAUUAGACUGUCUCUUCUCGAAAGAUCACGGUUCUACUCGUAUGAACAUAUUUAGCCGAUAUACCUCAGGCUUAAUUCAAUUUCUUGUGUCUAAUGUGCAUCGGGGCAUGGGUGAAAGCUAU